UGUUAUUUUUUAUAGCCAUGAAAGAUUCUAAGCGAAAUUCUCAGUGCCGAAAGCGACACAAGCGUGUUAAUUGAGAACUGAUGUUCUAGAGACAUGCAGACAUAAUGUUGAUUUGUUGAUGUGUGUUUGUGUUUACAGUUUACACUACGUAGAAACAGAAAAAUGUCUUAUAUUCCAUAAUUUUCAAUAAACAGACAAAUUUUCUGCAACUAAAAUGAAUUCUAUAAGUAGAAAAAUUGAAGAAAAGUGCCAAAUUUGCGGAACCACUGAACAUCUCGUGGAUACAUGGACAGAGGAAUUUGAUCAUGUUCAAGUAAAACUUCAAGCAGUUACCAAUUCUGAGAAUAUCCAUAGCAAUUGGCUGAGAUUCAUUUGCGGUGACUGUACAAAUAAACUAGAAAGUCUUUGGGAAUUCAAGAUACUCUGCAAAAAUGCAUACAGAAAAUAUUUAGAUGAACUGGAUGAAAAUAAUUGUAAUUACAGUUCAUUUGGGGCAUAUGGAUCUGAGGACAUUAAUACCAAUAAUGAUUUGGAUAACAAGAAUAUUAUUACAAAAUUGGAAACUGAUGAUUAUAAAAUACAUCCACAAUCAUUUGAAAUGGUUCUUGUUACUGCAGGAAGCUCAGAAGAACCUAAAGAUUUAUUGAAGAAAUACCACAGGGAAGAUGUUCGAAAACCCGAAACCUACAAAAUAAAGGACAUAAAGGCAAGGAAGAAUAAGAAGAAUGACAAAGAUAGAAAUAAAAUUCCUCUUAAGCGAAAGCCAGGACGACCAAGGAAGGAAAAACCACCGAAGGAACCCAAAUUAUAUCCUCGCAAAUUCUUUCCAAUCCUGCCUGGACCCUAUUUCUGUGGACACUGCAACAAAUCCUUCGUUAAAAAAGCGAACAUAACAGAGCAUAUUAACAACGUUCAUAGGAGAUUUCUCAAAUUCCUCUGCAAUGCCUGUGGGAAGAGAUUCUCGAGUAGUCAAAAACUGAAAAUUCAUGAGUAUAUCCAUCAAGAGAAUAGAGUUCGUGUCCCCUGCAGCAUUUGCAAAGAAACCUUCAUCGGUCCGCGAACUCUAAAGAAACAUAUGAGGCUAGUGCAUCAGGAUGUGGCACACAAGGAAUUGCAUCACUAUUUCCGAUGCAGAAUUUGCAAUGUUCCAACAAAAGGAAGAAAUGCUCACUAUGAACAUCUGAAAAUGCAUCCUGAAGUGACAAUUUUCAAAUGUCGCUUCUGCAGUGAAGAAUUCAAUUCACUGGAAGCCUAUGCCGAACAUGAAAAUAUUCAUUUUGUUGAAAGACCAUACAUCUGUGAGAUUUGUUCGAAAUCUUUCAAGCAGAAUGCUCAUUUGAUUCGGCAUAGGAACAUUCAUACUUUAGCUAAGAAAUAUCCUUGCAAUUUCUGUGAUAGAAUAUUUACACAAGCUGGAAAUCGGAAGAUUCACAUGAAAGUUCAUACCGGAGAACCUCUAUAUAAAUGCACCAGCUGCCUAAAGCCCUUCACAGAAAGAAAAAAUUGGGAAAAUCAUUGUAUGAGUUGCUAUCAAAUUCAAUAAAAUAGAUUAAAGGUCUCGCAAAGCGCUACAACUUUCUAGAACAUUUGAGCUUCGUAGGAUCAACGCUAGGGGCGCCACAGUCGAAAUUAUCUCGACUCUAGCUCAACCGAUUUUGAUGAUUAUUUUGGCACAAUUGUAGAGGCUAUAGCUACCGUGGGUGUCAAUAGUUUGUUGCCUAUUGUAUGUUUGACAAACUAAGUGGAAAAAAUGAUAAAAAGAAUUACUUUCAAAUUUUUCUUUUUGCAAAUGAGUUCCCUGUAAUCCGUAGAUUUUACCAAUAUAUUAAAAAAAAUAAAUAAUUUUAUUUCAUAUAAAAAA